AUGAGCGACCAGGGUUGUAAGGAUGCCAGUGACUGCACAGUUUCCCGCCUGCUCAAUGUGGUGGAAAGUGAGCUCCAGGCAGGGAGGGAGAAAGGGGACCCCACAGAAAAGCAGCUUCAGAUAAUCCUGGAGGAUGCAGCCCUUUGGCAGAGAUUCAAGGAAGUCACUAAUGAAAUGAUCGUGACCAAGAAUGGCAGACGCAUGUUUCCUGUCUUGAAGAUCAGUGUAACUGGGCUGGAUCCCAAUGCCAUGUACUCCUUCCUGUUAGACUUCACCCCGACUGACAGUCACCGGUGGAAAUACGUCAAUGGCGAAUGGGUGCCAGCCGGCAAACCAGAGGCCUCCAACCACAGCUGCGUCUAUAUCCACCCAGAUUCUCCCAACUUUGGUGCCCACUGGAUGAAAGCCCCCAUCUCCUUCAGCAAAGUGAAGCUUACCAACAAACUCAACGGAGGUGGGCAGAUAAUGCUGAACUCUCUGCAUAAAUACGAACCCCAGGUUCACGUUGUUCGAGUUGGCAGUACCCACCGGAUGGUGAUGAAUUGCUCCUUUCCUGAAACUCAGUUCAUAGCUGUGACUGCCUAUCAGAAUGAGGAGAUAACGGCGCUCAAAAUCAAGUAUAAUCCAUUUGCCAAAGCCUUCUUGGAUGCCAAGGAACGAAACCAUCCAAAAGAUGCUCCAGAAGUUAUCUCAGAGGGUCAGCAUGUUACAUACUCUCACUUAGGAGGUUGGCUCAUUUCUAAUCCAGAUGCUGUGUGCACAUCAGGGAACUCCAGCUACCAGUACCCUGCUCCCCUGCCUUUGACCGCUCCCCACUCCCACCAUGGCUGUGAGCACUACUCUGGUCUGCAUGGACACAGGGCAGCUCCCUACCCUCCUCCCUACAUGCAUAGAAACCAUUCUUCCACAGUGAACUUGAUAGAGAGCUCAAGCAAUAGCCUGCAAGUUUUUUCUGGAAACAACAGCUGGACUUCUUUAUCCUCCACUCCCCAUGCCAGUGUGCUCUCAGUCCCUCAUACCAACGGAGCGGCCUCUCCCCGGCCCAGUCACUAUCCUUGCCUAUGGACCAUCAGUAACAGCGCUGGGAGCUCCGCUGACCCAGGCCCACCUGUGCAUACCAGCUCUUCAGGCGCAUUUCUCCUAGGCAACGCACCCUCUUCCUUGACCCCCAUCCAAGUGCCCACUUGUGCCAGCAUGGAUACCAUGGGAGAGUCCUCUCUCUCCAGCAUUGCUGUGUCCACAUGGACAGCAGUAUCGUCCCAUUCCUUCUGA